AUGGAUUACCCAAUUGGAACAAGGAUUUGUGCUGCCAUUUUGCUGGGUUCGUUCUGGUGUGGAUUGUUCCAUCACAGCAGGUGUGUGGUUUUUAUUUGUACUAAUGUUGUUAUUCGGUUGCAUCACGUGUUGACGUUCGCACAGAUUGUUGAUGAUAUUUGUGGGAAAUUUGAUGGACUGGUACCGGGCUUGGUGUUUUUGUUGUUCGAUGUUUGUGUGUAUAAGAAGUUUAAGUUCUUUAGUGAUGAUGACAUUCAGAACAUGUUGUGCCUUGGAUUGUUUCCUGUGGUGUUUGUUAUUGUUGAUUCUGAAAAUGCAGCCCAUUGGGAAUGGUUUCUUCGGAAUUUGAAAGAAGCUGUUAGUGAUGGACAUGAAUUUACGAGACCACAUGAAAUAUGUGAAUGCAUCGCACAAAUUGGGUUGAUGCAUAAGCUGCGGGAAUGUGCCUAUGAGCCCACUGUUAAUUGUUUUAAUGAGAAGAUGGACGUACUGAAGAAGUGCAACCUGGCUGUGAUUGAAGGUUUUAUGAAAGACUUGCACCCUAAACAUUGGUCUAAAGCGUAUUUUAGAGGGAAACGGUAUGGUGAGAUGUGUUCAAACGCUGCCGAAUCCUUCAACAAUUGGGUCAGUGACGCGUGCCAUCUUCUUAUUACUUGUCUGGUUGAUAUGAUAAGGGGUCAAAUAAUGGGGCAGAUGGUGGAAUGUAGAGUUAAAUGCUCCACAUGGGCCGGCGUAAUAUGCCCAAAAAUGGAGAAGAAAUUGGUCAAGGCAUAUAACGACAGCAGGGCAUGGUGUGUUAGCCAAGCUAAUGAUGAUGUGUAUGAGGUUCAUUCCCACCCGUCAGUGUUGGUUGAUAUGGCUAGGCAUACGUGUUCUUAUUUUCAGUGGCAAAUAAAUGGGUUCCCGUGUUCCCGUGUCAUUGUCGCAUUCCGUAAUAGCGGAAGGAACAUAUAUCAUUCCAUAGAACGUGCAUUCCACAUCGACGUAUUUUGA